UACAGCAUGGCGUCCAAGACGGCAGAGGACGCUAUAGAGCCAGCAAGUCCUAUUGGGCUUAAGGUGAGCAGCCCUGGUGCUGCGGGAGCGCCCCAGGGUGGCGGGGGGCGUGUCCAGGCACCAGGGGCAAGCUAUGCUACUGUUUGCUUGGGGAGCGGUUCCCCAGGUGUUGCUGGCACUGAGGGGCACUUCCCUGUGAGGGGGGGGAGUGUCCAGAUAAGUGAUAUGUCUGUGUGCUUGGGGGGCGGUCCCCCGAGUGCCGUGGACAUUACCGGCGCUGCAGGGCACUCCUCUGUGAGGGGGGGGAGUGUCCGGGCAUCGGGAGUGGAAAACGGUCGGUCUGUGUGUUCUGUGGGUGCUGCGGGGCACUCUCCUGUGAGGGGGGGGAGUGUCCGAGUGCCAGUGCCAGCCUCAGAGCCCGUGCAGUCGGGAAGACAUGGUGAUGGCGUUGUGGGAGGAGCUGGGGUGCGCUCGGAGGGGCAGCCCCAGGCUCAGGCAGUAACAUCGCCCAUGGAGGAGGAGCCAUCAGAGUCGACCCCAGCAACAGCAAAGCCAGCGAAAAAGACUCUGUUAAAACCGGCAGUACUACAAGUCCCAGCCAGCCCAGGAUAUGUUAGGCACAACGCGAGUGUAGGGGGUGAGGAUGAUGGGUGUGGUAGUGUUGUGAAUGAGAAGAGUGCAUGUGGGAGUGUUAGUGGAGUGAAUAAUGGUGGGAGUAGUGGUGGUAUGAAUACAAAGUCUGGUAUGGAUGAUGAGAAUUGUGGUGUGAAUGUUGGUGGGUGUAGUGGUGUGAAUGGUGGUCCUGGGUCUGAGUCUGGGUCUGGUUCGGCUGCCCCCCCGGUAGUGACUGCUCCUAGGAGCUAUGCUCAUGUCGCUGCCGGGGGGUCCCCCUCUCCAUCCGGCCCCGGGGGUCAAUCGAGGUAGAGGGAAGGGGUGAGGUCGACCUGUCUUUCUGGAUAGAGAGGCACGGUUUGGGGGCAUUCCGAGAGCAGAAUGGGGAGGUGGUCUGGUCCCUCCCGACACCCGGGCAGGACAAUAACCGUAGGAACGUGGUCCGUCUGAUUUGGAGGGGCAAGGAUGUGUGCCCGCCUCGCGCUAAAGUGGUUGAGCUCCUCCUCCAGAUGGAAUUCAGGGCGAAUGACAUCUUUGCUCUGAUUCACCCCUAUGGUUCGUCUGAGUUUGAUGUCAGUUUCGUUCGGCCGGAGGGUCUUGAACUCUUCUGGUCGAACUACGAAGUGGCAAAAAACGAGCCCGGCUGGCGGGAGUUCGCCGUAAAGGCGAUUUCCCGUCAGAAUGCUGUCAAGAAGGUGACCGUUUUGACCCGUAACGAGUCACUUUCUUGUUAUGAUAUCAUGACCUGGCUCGGACGGUAUGGGGAUGUGACGGACAUGCCCAAGAAAAACUUGGAUGAGCACGGGAUCUGGUCCGGGGCCUGGACGUUUUCCGUCAAACUCAAGCGUUCAGGGAGUACGGUUGCCCACAUUCCGUCAGCCGCCUUCCUUGGACGUGAUAGGAUCCAGGUCUUCUACCAGGGGCAGCCUAAGGUCUGUCACAGGUGUGGCAGCCCCACCCACUUUAGCGCAGCCUGUACUGUGCAGGUCUGCGCUUUGUGUGGUGGGGUGGGUCAUCUGGCCGCAUCCUGUCGGCAGAUCCGGUGCCACCUGUGUGGUGUCCUCGGACACCCUUUCAGCCGUUGUCCUAGCGCCUUCGCCCAUGCGGCGGCCGCUCCAGCUGAGGAGAGCUGUGACGUUGCCUCGGCUGGGGAGGGUACGGGCAGGGAUGGGGGCGCAACAGGGCUAGUGAGGAGGAAAAAGGGCCCUGCCAAACUAAGGCGGGAGGAAAAUCGUAGAAGGAGUAGGGAGCUGGAGAGUGCCCAGGUGGCGGGGGUAGCUUCAGUCCCUGCUCCUGAAGCUGGC